CACGGUUACCACAAGUGUAGCAUAGUGACCUGUGAAGCGCGGAUUGUCUCGUAUUGGGCAGUUGGAAGGAGAAAGCUGUGAGUGUUGUAAGCCGGUGUGGAGAACCCAAGGGUCUGUGUAACAGAGGGUCCGCCCUCCAUCAGAUUCAUAGGGGCCAGGGAGAGUAUGACGUAAAUAGGACAAAAUCAAGGACAGAGCUCAGAUCUGUAGAAAUCAAUGGGCGCCGGAUCCUGCAACAAAAUGGAAUUAUCUCGUACUUGUGCACGGCACAGCUUAGACAUAUUUAGUGCAUGCAUAUACCUAUAGCGGCCUCUCUGGCAAAAAGCUACUUCAUCCUAAUAACUCACGGAAUCUCUUGGACUCCAAAAGUAUAAGCGAAAGAGUGGGUGAAACAUUCUGGUGACCAGAGAGGCACAAUUGUGCUUCUCUCUUUAUGAGAUCUGUACUUUAUUUCAUUAACUCACAGAAUUCCCUGAAGUCCAUACGGCUAAACUACUCGUAUCUUUUUAAAUCGCGUUCACGAGACCGUCUAGAAAGAACGGCGUGUCCGAUAAUGUAUCCAUGUAUCUCAUAUCUCACCAAGCUGGGGAUCGCAGAACGGAGAUAAAUAGAUAAGUAUAAUACACGAGGUACAUUGCCGCUAUAGACACCAUUCCAUCACUCAGAAAAUAUGGUUCGUGAUGGUAAGAAUAUGGAGGGUGACAAUGGGAAGUCUCCGUCUCUCCAUCCUGAGGAGAAGGUUAAUGAAACCAGCAGAUCUUAUCAAGGCUUAUCAAAGACGUUCUUAGUGAUGAAAACCAUUGUUAUUACACUAGCUAUGGGCUGUGAGGGACUGAUCCAUGGGAUGGUGAACCCCACCCUGGUGGACCUGGCAUCUCUGUACCAGGUCGACUAUGAGAAGAUAUCUGACGGUCUGACAGGUCGCAGUGUGGGGCUCUUCACGGCGGCUGUGGCAGGGGGCUAUUUAUAUGCUAGGUUUCCAGACAAACAAGACAUCCUGUUUGCCCUCAGCAUGUUUUUAUUGGGAGCUUCUACCGCCCUUAUACCCUGGGCCAAUGCCGUACCGCUUCUGGAUGUGUUGACCUUCUUGCAAGGGCUGGGAUAUGCUUUAACAGUGACAGGAGGAAAUCUGGCGUGUAUUGAGAUGUGGGGCAAAUCGGCAAUUAUUCCUCUUCAUAUAACUCACGUCGGAGUUGGGGCAGGGGAGACGGUGGCGCCUCUAUUGGUCGAACCUUUUCUGGCGCCAUUGUGUUCUCAGUAUGGUAACACUACACCAGUGGAUAUGACCACAGCCGCGUAUGAAAUCCUGAGAGAUUAUGAACUCCUUAAUGAGAAGAAAAGAGGAGCAAACUCUACAUUAUGUGGACCAACAAGAAUCCAGAUACCAUACGCAGUGGCUGGUGGCAUCAGUUGUACAGUCAUGGUUUCUUUCUUGGUGCUAUAUUUAUCUAAUCCAAAGAGGGCAGUAGCUCAAAAGCGAACAACCACUGAAAGCAACGAUGUGCACUGUAAAAGGAGCGUCAAAGCCAUCCUCAACCCUGCGUCUUACACAGGUGGUCGACUCUGCUUCGGCGUUCAGUUCCUCGCCUUAUACUUCUUUCUGCUAUUCGCAUAUGAAGUGGCAAGAAUUCCUUUAAAUAGCUUUCUAUACGCUAUCGCAGUCGAAACCGAUCUCCAGUUCACGGAACCCACGGCAACGCUUCUACUUACAGUCUUCGGGGCAGCAUACGCUCUGGGAAAAGUCGUCCCUCUUUUUCUGUAUCCUUGCGUAUCAAUACAAGCCAUCUUCGUGGUAGAACCGAUUUUAGUUUUAACAUUUCUUUUACUGUUGACUUUCUUGGGACUUCAGAGCCAGUCUAUGUACUGGGUAUUUACGUGUAUUUGUGCCGUUGCUACAGCGCCGCUGUUUUCAACUGCCUUAUCGUGGGUCAAUGAAUAUAUCAAAGUCGGGGCAGCCAUAUCUGCGUUGUCAACUAUUGGAUACUCUCUUGGAGGUAUAGCAGGACAGCCAUUGGCUGGAUACGUUUAUCAGUUUUACGGAGCCCCACCCUUACUGUAUAUGGCGAGUGGGUGUGCAGCUCUCUCGAUGGUUCUCGUGAUAACUUUACAGGCGGUUGCCACGUGUAAUUCAAACUGCACGUGGUCACAAAAUGAUGUUGCUUCUAAGGAAUCACUGAUUAAUUGAUUUGUGUAUAUACUUGAGAAACACCUGUGUGGUUAUCAAGAUGUUAAUUUCAUAAACACAGCCAAAUUUCGAAGCACAAAUAUGGUCCUGGUGAUCUGUUCUGCUGGUAUGAAACGAUACUCAAAAUCACAAACUGAGCUGCAUAUUUCUUCAAACCUAUUUACUAAUCUUUAUUACUUUAUAUUUCUGCCUGUCUGUCUG